CUCUCUGUUUUAUCAGCUAAGGCAUUCCGAAUUUAUUACGUAACACAUACACUAAUUCCUCCAAUCUUUAAACUCGAGGUCAUCCCCAUUUAAAUCAUUCACGAGAAAGAAAUUGAAGUUGUCAUCGAAAUUUUAGAAGGUGCUUAUAAAAAGCAACUCCAACAAGUCUGCGCCAAUAACGGAUGAUCGAACAUAAAACGGCCACAAUUGGAGGUCAGUGGUAGGUCACACAAGAUCAUUCUACGUUGAACAUUCAAGACCGUCUGUCACGUUUUCGCAUUGGAGAGCCCUAACCUCAAAGUGCAACUUUAGCACAAUGUCGAUCCAGAGCAUCAAAGCCCGUCAGAUUUACGACUCUCGUGGUAAUCCAACUGUCGAGGUUGAUCUUGUUACCGAAAAUGGGCUGUUCCGAGCAGCAGUUCCGUCUGGCGCAUCCACCGGUAUACACGAGGCGCUUGAGCUACGUGACAAUGAUAAAUCUAAGUACCAUGGAAAGUCCGUCUUGAAGGCUGUGGAUAACAUCAAUAGCAUUAUUGCUCCCGAGUUAUUGAAGUCUGGUCUGCAAGCAACCGAACAAAGGGCCAUCGACAAUCUUCUGCUUAAGAUCGAUGGCACACCCAACAAAGCAAAACUGGGAGCCAACGCAAUUCUCGGUGUUUCUCUAGCAGUUUGCAAAGCCGGAGCUGCCAAGAAAGGCAUACCACUUUACAAAUACAUUGCUGAGCUAGCUGGCAACAAGAAUAUCAUUCUCCCUACUCCAGCCUUUAAUGUAAUCAACGGUGGCUCUCAUGCUGGCAAUAAAUUAGCGAUGCAAGAGUUUAUGAUUCUCCCCGUCGGUGCUGCUAAUUUCACUGAGGCCAUGAAAAUGGGCAGCGAAGUUUAUCAUCAUCUCAAGAAUAUUAUCAAAAACAAGUUUGGUCUUGAUGCCACAGCUGUCGGUGACGAAGGUGGUUUUGCUCCUAAUAUUCUCGACAAUAAGGAGGGCUUAAAUCUUAUCAAUGAAGCUAUUAAGAUUGCCGGAUAUGAAGGAAAAAUCGAGAUUGGCAUGGACGUGGCGGCCUCCGAGUUCCACAAAAAUGGAAAGUAUGAUUUAGAUUUCAAAAACGAAAAAUCGGACCCGUCGACUUACCUUGAGCCAAAGGCACUUGAAGCCCUCUAUCUAGAUUUUAUCAAGAACUAUCCGAUUGUUUCAAUUGAGGAUCCGUUUGACCAGGAUGGCUGGGAUUCGUGGACUUCAAUCACAGCAUCGACACCCAUCCAAAUUGUUGGUGAUGACUUGACUGUUACCAAUCCGAUCAGAAUUAAAACGGCGAUUGAGAAGAAGGCUUGCAACUGUCUCCUUCUGAAAGUCAACCAGAUUGGCAGUGUAACUGAGUCAAUAGAUGCCCAUAAGCUAGCGAAAAGCGCAGGAUGGGGCACAAUGGUAUCCCAUCGGUCAGGAGAGACCGAGGAUACAUUUAUUGCAGACCUGGUCGUCGGUCUGUCCACUGGACAGAUCAAAACGGGCGCACCCUGUAGGUCUGAGCGUUUAGCUAAGUAUAAUCAGAUCCUUCGUAUCGAAGAGGAACUUGGUGCUGCUGCCAAAUACGCCGGCAAGGAAUUCCGCAACCCUACAGCUUAAGCAAUCUCUUCAAAUAACAUUAUCACUUCACAAAUAUUGCAAGUAAAUGCUCGGAGUGAAAAUACCAUUUGGUCGUAUUAAUUUGUCUGCGAAUUUAGUGUCGUUUCUUUCAAAAUGUAACAUUUUCAAUGUUGAUAAACAUGUAAUUCGGGAAAUCAUACUACAUUAGUCAUUCGGAGGAAAAUUGAGUUCGAAGCGCAAGCUUCAGUAGUUACCGAACAUUGAAGUAUAAAAAUGUUAAGGUUUCCUAAAUUUUAUGGUAGUACGAAUUGUUGUAUCGUAAUCGAUGCCAUUGAUUCAAUAAAGUAAAAAUGAUAAAUUAUC